ACAAAAAGCGCUGGAUGAAGUGAUAUAUUUUCCUACAUUUACCUGCAAAUGCCUCCUGUUGUUUGCCAACCAUGAAGAAGGUCUUUAAUUACUUCAACUCCUGCAUCACGAGCAACUUGUGAACGACUCUGUAACGCAGGUGUAAUUCCCACUCUCAACAUGCCAACAAAAAAACUCACAACCACAGCAAACAAGAGCAUCACUUUACAAUCAGAGGAGCAGAACGUGGAAAUGUCAUGCUGGAAUGAGGACAAAUGUACCAGUCACUUUAAAGAUCAAUCAGAGCCGGAGUUUGAUGUGUGGAACAAAACCAGAGCACUGACAUCAUUACCCAGAAACCUCCAGUUUAUAACAAUCAGGAGGACAGAGAAACCGGAUCCGCGACUGACAACAACAACAAACAAAAAGAUGUCCAGGAGAAUCGCGCGUCCCUGUCGCCGGUGAGAUGCCGGUAACGGCGCGGAGAGGAUGCGGUGGCGGGGGCGCGUGCUGCUGGCGCUUGUUGCUGCUCGCUUCCUCCGCGCUCGUGAUGCUGGCGGAGAGAGCGGCGCUGCUGUACUGUGUUGGGUUCUACCUGUGGCAGAAUCAGCUUGGGUUGGCUGGACUGACCUUUGCCCUCUUGUUGCCGGGGUCACUGGUGCAGGUGUUGAGUUUCAGGUGGUACAGGGCCGACGGAGACAAACGCAUAUGUCAGAAUUUCAUCAUACACACACUUCACCUGGGCAUCUUUAAACGGUUGUGGGACUGCAGUGUGUGCGAGUGGACGGCUCAGGGCUCAUCGCAGUCACAUGCGCAGGAAGUGAUGCAGCAUGCGGAUGCGUCUGCCCUGCGUCUGUUGGAGGUCUUAUUGAUGACACUACCACAGACGUUCCUGCAGACGUACACGCUCACUGUUACCGGCUACGGCCUCUUCUCUCCAGUCACUCUGUGUGGUGGUGUGUGUUUGCUCUCGCUGUCCUGGGCGCUGGUGCUCUACAGCAGGGCGUGUUGUCUCAUUCGUCCAGGGCAUUUGCAGAUGCCACCAGCGGCUCUUCUGUGCCAGCUGCUGUGGAGGGCGGGCAUGUUAGCUGCCCGCUUCACCAGCCUCGCCCUGUUCACCCACACUUUCGGUUGUUGGGUCAUCGGGGUUAUGGCAUCUCAUUGGUUGAUCGCAUCGCUCUGGUUGGUCUGCCAGCAGACUGACAUAUAUGUGGGCCAGUGGUCAUGGCAUGUGUUUAACUUCAUUCUGGGAGGCGUGCACGUGUUUUUCUUUCUCAACGUAAAGGACGGCCCCUCUCGAUUCCGGAUGGCAGGAUUCUACACGGUGAUGUUAUUGGAAAACGCUACACUGCUAUUGGCUGCUUCUGACUUGCUGACUGAUGCAUCAUGGGAUAGCCUUACCGUCCCCACUGCUGUUCUUUGCAGCUUUCUACUCGGUCUGACCUCGCUGAUAUUGUACUAUCGAUUCCUGCAUCCCAAAUCCACUGAAAUCACUCAGGGUUUGUGCCAACGUGGACACAUGAGCCAAGAGUGUCUUCAGCCGGUCGAUUUGUCCUUCUCUCUGGGAGACAAAAGUCUUCCACCUGCUCCUCUCCCUGUCCUCUUCCCUUCCUCACACCCUUCUUUCUCUCUGUCUGGAAUUCCCGGCUCUCUGCUGGAGCAUCCCGGGAGCUGCGGUGUAAAACCGGACGGCGAGUGCCGACACCAUCACUGGCUGCUGAUUCGUCUCGCCCUAAAAACCAGUGACCUUUCUAAAAUCAAUGGGGCAUACGGAGCAGGGGGCGUUUCCGGGAUACUGGCGGCGGAUCGUAAGGGAGAGAUCAGAGAGGAUGGGUGUGUGUCCACUUCCGAAAGCAGGGACGAUACGAUGGCUCCGCUGUCUGACUGCAGGGAGGAGUUUGAGAGUGUGAGUGAAGCCAAGGAGGAGGAGGAUGAAGACGAGAGUCUAGAAAUGGAGAGUCCGUUGGAAUCACCGGCUUCGGAGUGCAAGAGGAGCUUGCCGGAGGUAAAGUCUGUGUUCGGGGACAGUCCUGAACCAAAUUACUGCCCUACCGAAUCCAGCUCAACCUUAUACUUCAGCGCCGACCCACAAUCGCCCAGCAGCUCCAGUAACCUGCGGCUGGAUCGCAAUACUCCCUUCAGUUUCGGUUCUGGUACUGCUCUGGAAACUUUAGACGAGCUUAGCCCUAUUACAACAGAUGGUGGGCUGCACAGGGAUCUUGUAAGGGGGCUUCUGGGACGUGUCGGGCCCUGUUACACCUCCACACCCAGACUGAAUGGACAGGGGCUUCCGGAGAGUUCGGUAGCCCACCUCAGAGGCCCCCGCAGACAGGUCGUUCUCUCACGCAGGGGCCUGGAAGAGGAUGCAGGGUUUUAACCAUAUGAACUUAAGCUUUAAUUUACAAAAUGCAAGCAGAUACAAGCCACUAUCGCCACUGAAUUGGAAUUGCAAAAGUAUAUAGUUUUCCGAAUACACCUCUGUUGGCCGUUGAUCGAGCAGACAGAUAGUCCUGCCCCCAACUCCGCCAUUGGAUUCAGAUGUUGUUGUGUCGGGCCGCUCAAAACAAACAGAGGAAUUUUCAUAGUGUUUACAGUUUUUGAGAAAAGAACCUACCUCUCUGCAUAUUAAGCUGGGACAGGAGAAAGUAUUUUGACAAAGAAAAAGUUACACACUGCAGCUUUAAGUUUCGGCACCACUAAGGGCACCAAACAGAAUUGCAAAUAGUUUGAGCAGCCUGACCUUGCAAUGACCUUUAUUAAUGUUUACAUUUCUUUUAGGGUGGCCAAUUUGUUUCAUGUGAAAUACGGGACAUUUGAGCAUUUUGAGCGCUUCAAUAGGGGGUGAUCUGUCCAACAGGGAUAGGGGUGGGGGGAAGCUUCACUACGGGACGUUUCGCCAUCUGACCGGUGGGGGGGUCUUUUGCUAGGCAUCCCAUGUGGGAUAUCUUAACUUGGGUCAAAAUAUAGGAUGUCUCGGCUAAUACAGGACAGCUGGCAACCCUAAUGUCUUCGCAUCUAACCCUAAACUAUUUGAGAAAAUAACCUAUGAAUGGCUUACUUUUGGCUGUCUCUGCAUAAUUAGUUGGGAUAGGAGCAGUAGCAGCUCAUGACCACAGAUAUAGGUGGGGCAGAUCUUCCUCUGAGCGCUAUAGGUUAUGUACAAUUACUGUUUUUUUUAUGCAUUAUUUAAACAUUAUUUUAUUUUUUUUAAACGUUCAACUCAUUAUUCAUAUCAUAAUGAAUAUUAGCCUGUAACAGAAUUAUCUACAUGACAUUUACAUGUUUCCACGGUAUUAAAAAGCUAAAUGCUUAAUAGUAAUAAUAAUAAUAAUAUUUUAAAUCACAGCAAGUUUCAAGUAGUAAACAGGUUCGCAGUAGACAUGUUUCAAAUCACAUACAGCAACGCUGCUGUGUACACCCCCCAUCCCCUUGCUCAAUAAAAAUGAAAAGGUAAAUGUAGUAAACAUAACAUUUUAUUCAGUUGCGCCAAGGCUUUUUGACAUACAAUUUUUCGUCAUGCAAAACAUAUAAUGUCUUAUCACCUACCAUUGUCUUUUAAUUGCCAAACUAUUUUUAUGUCUGGCUUGUCAGGACCAAGUUGUUUGAUGGCCAAUUUGUCUGAAUUUACAAAAGAAACGACACACUGUUACACACACAUUCAUCGAUAGCACUCGCCAUGUUCGCAGUCACAGCUGGUGCGCACUAAUACUAAAGCAACUUUUGGUUUGGCACUACAUUUACGGGGCAGAUUAAUUUUGUGUCCCAAUGCGUCUCAAUGCGGGCUCAUUGCAGUACCAUAUUUGACCACAGAUUUACAUUGGAAAAAUGAGGGGCACUAUGGAGUCCGGAAGGGCAGCAGAUUCUCUGCCCCACAUGCCGUAUAUAUACAGUAUAUCAAACAUAGUCUAACGGACAGCUACAUUACGACAUAAAAAAGAUACAAAAUACAAACUUAUUCUAGGCCAGCUUUUAACUAUAUAUGUCAGCAUUAUGUUUACAUUUAUGGGGUAACACAUAACAUUAUUGGCAGUUUAUAGAAUGGAUCUAUGUUUUCAAGUGGAUGAAUAUUUAGGUGGGGCUCUGCCCUACCUGCCCAUAUAGACAAGCCUCGCCUGGAUAGGAGAAAUUAUUUUAACACCAACAAAGUUACACACUGCAGCUUUGUUUCGGCACCACUAAGGGCACCAAAUAGAAUUGCAAACAGUUUGAUCAGCCUGACCUAGCAACACCAAAGGCUGCCUGUUCACUCAGAUAUGGAAAAAAGUGUGAACUUAAGUUGCAUUUUUUUAUUAAUGUUUACACUUCUUUUAGGAUGGCCAACUUUUUUCCAAACAAAUACGGGACAUUUGGGCAUUUUGAGUGCUUCAGUACGGGAUGUUCUGUCUGACAGAGAUGGGGGUGGAGGGGGAGGGGGUGGGGUGUUGUUGUUUUGCUAGGCAUCCUAUGUGGGGUAUCUUAAUUUCAGCCAAAAUAUGGGACGUCCCGGCUAAUACGGGACAGCUGACAACCCUAAUUUCUUUUGCACUUUUGUUCUGUUUUUAGUUCUGUCUCUCUCUCACUCUUUCUUUGCUUAUGUUCAUAAUGGAACGCUACUGUACUGCAUACUGCACAGUAUAUACUGUAUACUGUUUAAUAAUAUUUGAUAAAAAUAGUAUGUGAAACAAGACAGCUUAUGUAACGCUAAACGUUACAAACAGUAAUAUCCUACAACUGACCUCAUUACAAGCAUUUACAGGGAUAAUCUCAUACAUAAAAGUUAUUUUGCAUUUUUAAUCAAGUUUUGUGUAAAAAUUAGUCUAGAAGGAGAUUAAAAAUAACAGUAGACAUUACUUAUGGUUCAUUCAUCAUACUGGAAAUGUAAGGUCAAGUCGAGUACAUUGCAUUGCGGCGUACAGUGUUUUCUGGUUGUAUUUUGCAGGCUAUUAUAAAAUUUGCAUAUAGAAAAUUUGCAUUUUGUACAUUAUGUAAACUGUAUGUGCAGUAUGGAAGUAUGCCAUUCCGAACAUAACCCCAUCCAAAAAAUAAAUAAAUAAAUAAAAAAUAAAUCCACAUGCUGUUGGUUGGAGCUAAAAGCACAAUGUUACUCUAAUGUCUCAGUGAUCUCCACUUUUAUGAAGGGCUGUGGUCUGGAAUAUUAUUCUUUGGCAAAUAGUGUCGGAUUCAGAUAGAGAUAAAACUCAUUUUAGAGCAUGAUCAGCAUUAGAGGAUUUGCUUUUAUCUGCUUGUACUAGUAUAGGCCUGAGAUCUCUUCCUCUGAUAUACUGUAUUUUGACAACUCAUUGACAUUGCCUUUAAAGGAUAGGUCAGUUUAUAUGUAUAGCUUCUCAUAUCUUUUUAUAGUUUUUAUUGGUUUGUUUGUUUUUAUAAAAUCAUUAAUUUGCAGAAUGCAGAUAAAGUUCAUUAGGAAUGUUUGGGGUUCAGUACAAACCUUGACUGACCGUAUUUGUGCCAUUCAUAACAACAGAAUUGCAUUUACAACAAAAGACUAUAAUUGGAAAAUUACUGUAACCACAAUUUUUUUAAAACCGAAGGACAAGUCAAAAUUAUUUGAUUUUAUAUAUAUAUAUAUAUAUAUAUAUAUAUAUAAUAUCAGCAUUAUGCUACAAAUGUUGUCAGUUGAACUUGUAUUGAGUCCGGAAUAUUCUUUUUAAAUUUCACAAACUAACCCUAACCCUAAAUAUAAAGUAAAGUGUUCUCCCAACUCAUUUUUAGGCAUUUUAAAGUGUUACAAAUGCACCCUAAUUUGGCUAAUUUGGCUCCAAAGCUAUUUAUUCUGUUUAUUUCUAAAGCUGAUGCGUGGUGCUUCUGUAACACGGCUGUUUAUGAUUUGAGCUCACCUUUUUAAAAUCCUGUACAGAAUUGUACAAAUGACAUCUUAAAAACAUCAAUAUUCUAGAUACAAUACAUUUGCCUUGGAUAGGAACUCAAGGGUAAUAAUAUGUUUCAGGGAUAUUCCAAUAUCUGAACAUUACUGAACACUUUUGUGGUUUUUCGCUGUUUGAAGUGCUCACUGUUUGUUUGUUUUUCAAUUGUUUUACAUUAAUGCCUUUUGAGAGCGUGUAAACUACCAACUAAUAUUUAUUUGCAUGCUUUUUUUAUUAAGAUGAUUGUGUGCUUAAACAGUAGCUGGGUUAUGUGCACUAACUGGACUCCUUGACAAUAUUUGCAAUAAUUUCAAAGCAAACGCCAUGAGAUUAUGAUGAUAAGAUGAUGUGUGUUUGCUGUAUCUGGAUCUGGAUUGUAUGCUGAUUAUGGUGAAUACCAUUUACUCAUUAAAUUAAUUUCACUGGCAUAAUGAGCUUUCAUCAACAACAGUGUAAAAGGUGUCAUCAAGCCCAUUUUUAUUUGCUGUAGAUGAGCACAGCAAGACAAUAUUAGUGUCAUAAAGAUAACUGUAGGAAACUGGAAAAUAUACACCAUAUACAGUAGGCCUAUGCAUGACACAGAUUAAACUAUUAUUAAUAUACACACUAGAAAGAAUAACA